AUGGCCACAAUUAAAACUCCUGCAAUUGCCUGCAUAGGUGUAAUAGGCAGACAAAACAAUCCUCUCCACAUUUCCAUAUUCCCCGCAGAGGGCGACAAGGAAGAACGCAGCAAACUCGACUUCUCUUUCAUGCUUUCUACCUGUCUUGAUAUCUUCGAAGCUCGUCUACCUGAAAAGAAUGUUGGCCAGGACUUUGGUCUUCUCCAAGCCAUCGACGAACGCCUGGCCAUGUAUGGCUGGCUCACAAACACUGGUGUGAAACUGGUCAUCAUUGUCGACAUGGAAGGCCGUCAAUCUCCUGCCAAUGAUACCAGAACUCCUCCUGUUCUUGGGCUGAAGAAUUCUGAUCUUACUCCCGCUUUUCAAGCAUUGCAAAAGGCAUAUAUCAAUCUGUUGAGGAACCCUUUCUAUAUGCCUGAGGAUCAUGCUCCCAAUGCCAAUGCCCAUCAAUCAAAUGCGUCGACUCAGAUCACCAGCCGUAACUUCAUCAACGAAGUUAAUCGUAUAGGACGACUAUGGGCUCCUGCUAUUGCUUCUCGCUGA